AAGCUCCCUUCCGCUUUCCCGCCUCCUCUUCGGCCCUUUUCUGCUCGGCUUUGGUUGCGGCAGCUGCCUAUCUGACUGGUGCGGUUACCUACGGAAGUGGUGCUGAGAUGGCGCUGGACUCGGCCUGGAAACAAAUGUCGUGGCUUUAUUACCAGUAUCUGCUGGUGACCGCGCUCUACAUGUUGGAGCCUUGGGAGCGAACCAUCUUUAAUUCCAUGUUAGUGUCCAUCCUUGGAAUGGCACUUUACACUGGCUAUGUGUUCAUGCCUCAGCAUAUUAUGGCAAUAUUGCACUAUUUUGAAAUUGUUCAAUGAUAAAGAAUGUCUCAAGCCAGGGAGUGGUCAGAAACUACAGACCAGAUACCUACGAAGAAGUGACCAUCUGCUAUUAAGGAUUUCUACAGUCAACAAAACAAGCAAGGCAUUAUAGUGACAACUUUGAAGAUGAGGCAACAACUUGAACACACACAUACACAUACGGGAUGCAUUAUGUCCUGAGUGUUGGUGGCAUUUUCUUUUGGUUUUACAAAAUUUCCUUGUAUAGUAAUUUUUGUCUAUGAACAUUGUGAUUGUUUGUACCUUUGAUAUCAGUAUUUUCUUAACUUUGUGACAGUCUCAGUAUUAUACUGUGAAAGCUUUUCUUAUUGUAACUUUUGAGUACAUCUUAAUUGCCUUCUAUUUUUAAUCAAAAAUCAUAUUAAUGGGGCUUAAGGCUUUUGCUAUUGUAUGGUUAUAUGUUCAUCUGGGUAUAUUUCUAAUAACACAUUUUGUAAGAAAGUGUUUAGAUUCAUACAAAGUUGUGGAUAUAUUCAUUGAAUCUUGCAAAACCAUGUUUGUAAAGACUUAACUCAGGUGCUUCAUUUGCUAUUGAGACUCUCAAACAGGAUAUUUGUAUCACUCUAAUUUGCUUUAACAAUGAAGAGAAAGCCUUUUGUGUGGGAGAAAGAAUGCAACCAUAUAGAACUAUAUGUAUGAAACGAUGCUGUAGAGGAAUAUACUGGGCCGGACCCUUAUGUGCAUGUCAAGGAUUAGUUGGGUUAUAUAUACCAUCUAAUUUUUCAUAGAGUUUUGUGAUAACACUUUAAUGCUGCUGUUAAUAGUUUCCAACUGAACUGUACUUGUAAAUCAUUGUUUCUCAAGGAGUGUAACUUAAUAUAGAUUGAGUGAAAAGACCAUGGCUGUUCCUGUUGUAUAAUCAUGCUUACAUUAUGGACCAUUUAUUAGUAUGUAAACAGUGUUCAAACCCUUUUGAAUUCUUGAAACCAAAUGACCAAAAUACAUGGACUUGGGUUACAACUACAGCAAUAAGGGGCUGUCUACUAGGCUGAAUACUUAUCUUAGUUUUUAUAGCUUUUUCAGAUUUGUAUUCUGAAAUGUAAGAUGGCUGUUUUUAAGAUGGGGGUAAUUUUUUCUUCCAAAUAAAAGCUAAACGAGUUGAUUAUA